CAUCCUUCACCCAACUUUAACUGCAAUUGUUUAUUUUGAAUCAAUCAAUCAAUCAGCUCUCACCUUCAUCUCGCCUCCCUUCAAUCCAUUCUCCUUCUUCCUUCUUCGAUCUGCCUCCUUCCGUUGACCUCUCCCAUAUCCAAUCGCCAAUGGCACGAACACCCAAUCUACUCCUCGCUCUUCUCCUCCAUUUCUUGCACCUCACGCAUUUCACUCUCUCCGCCGAUCCCAUCUCCUCCAAUCCUCUCCUUACGCCUUCGCAUCGCGCCAUGGUGUUGCCUCUUUAUCGCUCGUCCCCCAAUUCCUCCAAAUUGAUCUCCAAGCCUCAUCGUCGUCUCCGCGGAUUCCCCAAUUCGAAUAAUCGUUCCAACGCUCGAAUGCGGCUCUACGACGAUCUCCUUCUCAAUGGGUAUUAUACGACGCGGCUUUGGAUCGGUACUCCGCCGCAGAAAUUCGCUCUUAUUGUUGAUACGGGAAGUACGGUUACUUAUGUUCCUUGCUCAACUUGCGAACUUUGUGGGAAGCACCAGGACCCAAAGUUUGACCCAGAAUUGUCAAGCACUUACCAACCUGUCAAAUGCAAUUCUGAUUGCACUUGUGACGGUGACGGAGUGCAGUGUGUCUAUGAGAGGCAGUAUGCUGAAAUGAGUACUAGCAGUGGUGUCCUUGGUGAUGAUGUUAUAUCCUUUGGAAAUCAGAGUGCACUCGUACCCCAGCGUGCUGUGUUUGGUUGUGAGAAUGAGGAAACUGGUGAUCUUUACAGUCAACGUGCUGAUGGAAUUAUGGGUUUGGGCAGUGGUGAUCUUAGUAUUGUCGACCAACUAGUUGAAAAAGGUGUGAUUAAUGAUUCUUUCUCAUUAUGCUAUGGUGGUAUGGAUAUUGGUGGUGGUGCUAUGGUUCUUGGUGGAAUCUCUCCUCCAUCAGAGAUGAUUUUUAGCUACUCAGACCCUGUGAGAAGUCCAUAUUACAAUGUUGAUUUGAAGGAGAUACAUGUUGCGGGUAAAAAGCUGCCUCUCGAGCCAAGCGUUUUUGACGGAAGAUAUGGAUCUGUCUUGGAUAGUGGUACAACUUAUUCUUACCUACCACAGGAAGCCUUUGGACCUUUCAAGAAUGCUAUUAUGAAUGCGCUUCAUUCUUUGAAGAAGAUUGGUGGUCCUGACCCAAAUUUUAAAGAUACAUGUUUUUCUGGUGCUGGAAGUGAUGCUGCUGAAUUAUCAAAAACAUUUCCGACAGUUGACUUGGUAUUUGACAAUGGCCAAAAGUUGUCUCUAGCACCAGAAAAUUACUUGUUCCGGCACUCAAAGGUACAUGGUGCAUAUUGUCUGGGAAUUUUCGAGAAUGGAAAUAAUGAUCAAACUACUCUUCUAGGAGGAAUCAUUGUCCGCAACACUUUAGUGAUGUAUGACAGAGAGCAUUCAAAAAUUGGAUUUUGGAAAACUAAUUGUUCCGAGUUAUGGGAAAGGCUUCACAUUUCGGAUGAUAAUGCCCAUGCUCCUUCAGUUUCAAAUACAUCACACGAUACUGAUAUGGCACCUGCAUCAGCUCCAAGCGAAUCACCAUAUGAUAUGAUUCCGGAAGAUCUCCAGAUUGGACGUAUCACAUUUGAUAUCUUGUUGAACAUAAGCUACAAACAUCUGGAGCCUCAUAUUACACAACUUUCCGAUCAUAUUGCUCACGAGUUAAAUGUUAGUCAUUCACAGGUCCGUUUAUUGAACUUUACCAUGAGAGGAAAUCAUUCACUUAUUCAAUUGGCCAUACUCCCUAAUGGAUCCUCAGAAUUUUUCUCACCUGCGACUGCUACUACAAUAAUUUCCCUGAUCGUCGAGCAUCACAUGAAGCUACCCCCUAAGUACGGAAGUUACCGGGUCAUUCGAUGGAAUGUCGAACCUCUAAUGGAUAGGUCAUUGUGGAAGCGACUUUAUAUUUUGGUGGGUUUAGCCAUUAUGGUCACGCUUAUUCUUGGGUUGUCAGCAAUGGGAGUGUGGUUUAUUUGGAGAAGGAGACAGCAAGCAUUCCAUUCAUAUAAGCCUGUCAAUGCAGCAGCUCCAGAGCAGGAACUCCAGACCCUGUAGUAAAAGUCUCGCCAGCACAUUUUUGGUUUGCUGUCUCUGUUUGUAUCAUUUGCUUUGAAUUUUUAUAGGUUCAAUGUUCAGUAGGAGACAUUGGAAGAAUAUUAUUAUUUUCCAGAUUUUGUAUUCAUCUUAUGCUCAAAGGUUCUAACCUUAAACAAAUCGGAAGUUCCCUUUUUUCA